AUGCCGAGCCCGAGGAACUGGGGUCUUUGGACCAAGGUGAUUGUAGCAGGCGUCGCGGUGAGCGUGGGCGGCCCUGCGCUGACGUACUGGGUCGUGCCGACCGAGGAGGAGCUGCGGUCGCGGUACAAUCCGGAUCUGCUGAAGAAGAGCAUCGAGGGGCGCGCCGAGCGCGAGGCAGAAUUCAACGACUUUGUGACGAAGCUGAAGCAGUACUCCAAGUCUGACAAACCGAUGAUCAAAGAGGAAGAGGAGAACCGAAAGAACCAACAAGUUAAAGAGACGAGGGAUCUGGCGAGGGAGGCGGAGGCGAGGAGGGAGGCGAUGCGCAAGGAAGCUGGGUUGAAGUGA